AUGGCAAAAGACCCAGAAAACAUGAAGACUCCACUCCUGAGCGAUGACGAUCUCGAGAGAUCAGACUCUUUCGAGCACAUCGCCUACUCAGACUCUGAUUCGACUUCACUGUCUGGCUCAACCGUUUAUAAUGACCCACUGGUCCCUGAGGGCAAGGGUGCCGCGAAUCUAGAUGCAAAAGCGGAUACCAAAAGCUUACCAGGAUAUACGGUGUAUGAGACUACUCAUCUUGAGAAGGGUCCGUUAGUAGGCGAAGAGCCGGGCCAGGGUGAUGGGGAAGAGAAUAAGUGCAAGCGACGGGGCUGUUUUCGUCGUCGUCGGUGUCGAAGAGCAUCCGGUCAAAAUGAUAAGAAGCGUCGUAUAAGGAGACGUAUUGUUAUGUUUAUAAAGUUUAUGUUCCUUAUUGGAUUAUUUUCGUUCUUUGUGACGAGGAUGUGUGUAAAGCAUCGACGGGGAACACAUUCAAGACCGCCUGUCUUCUCAGAUCACUCCUCAGAAGACCUACAAGCUGGUAGAGAGAUCAUUCUCAACAAAGGCUCAACUGCCGUCUACGGCCGCUACCCUCUUUAUGAUCUGCUCAACAUCAAAACCACCUCAGGCAGCGUCAACAUCAUUGUCGACCCUCAACCCGCCGACCCUAAGAAGCCCGACGAGCCAGCCCGGCUCAUCAUUGAAACCGAGGCUGGCGCUGUUUCAGUCGCCUUUUUGCAAUAUAGUAUAGAUACCAUUGCCACUUUUGAGAAUGGCGAUACUAAGAAAGUCGACAACAUCAUUGAUCUCGACUACUUGAAGACUUCGGGCGCGACGAGCAUUUCGCAAGUCAAGGGACGGAUCCCGUACCGUCCAUAUGAAGUUGAGAUCAAGACUCAGAGUGGUUCAAUUAAUGGCAGACUCGUUUUCACCACCUCUGCUAAAUUGGAAACACAGUCGGGAUACAUUUCAGCUUCAUUUGUGCCUGUGGUGUCACCCGAUGAAGUUGUCCAUGCUACAUUGACGACUGCAACGGUCAGUGGGGGUCAGGACAUCUCCGUGGGUGAACCUCUCAUCAUUGAAGCCUCGGACAAGACAUACCCAGCUGGUACUGGGGAGAUGUCCACGUCUUCAUCGUCACACACCAGCCAAUCUGGGAGUCUUCAAAUCAAGUACCCCCAUUCCUGGGCCGGCCAUGUCGAGGCAUUUACCAAAUCAGGUUGGAUCGGGCUUGGAGGCGAUGGUGUUGAAGUCAUCGAACAGACUCAGGGACAUGCCGUGGGCGUCAAGAACCCUGACCGCGAUCACCAAAAGCACGGAUGGUGGGGAAGCCGUGGUGACAUGGAUGUUGUUAUUGAGUCGACGGGCUCUGGUUCUAUCCAGUUUCAUGUCAAGGACGGACUGUUUCCGGUUGAAGAGUCGGAAGACUUUGAAGUGUAUAUUCUAGGUGAAAAUUAG